UUAGAAGAAUAUUUACCUUUUGUAAUAAUCAAAGGAGGAGUAAAUUUAGAAUUUGGUAUAAAUAGUAAUUUUGAAUCAUCAUUAAUUGGAGAAAUUGGAGACAUUGAAGAAGAAGUUGGUGAAGUAGAAGAAUUUAUUGAAUUUGGUGAUAUAGGAGAAGUUAUUAAUGGUGAAUCAGUUGAAGAACUUGAAGAAGUUGGAGAAUUUAAAUUAACUAUUCCUACAAUAUCAGAUUUUAAAUUAUUACAAGUUUUAACUCUUCUUGGUCCAUUAAUUAAUUUAUUAUUUAAUGAUGAUGUUCUUGGAGUUACUUUAUUCAUAAUAUCAUCACUAGAAUCUGGAGAAUAUUUUGAUAAAGUAGGUGAAGAUGGAAUUCUUGAAA